GCAGGAAACGAGGAAUGAGGGGAGGUCAGCUCCAAACACUGUGGGAAAUUCCAGGGAUGAGAGCCCAUGGAAGACACUUAUCUCCCAGACAUUUGUCCUGAAACCCUUAAGGAGAAAGAGAAACUUUCAGCAAAGCAAACUCAGUUUCAGUUUCGAAAUGUCAAGAAAGCAGGGAGGAGCUGGCAGGACGGCUGGCUACUGAGCUUAAGGUACCCAGGGAGGAAGGAGCAGUGUGCUGCUAUAGGGGAAUCCCAGACCUCUCCGCACCCAAGAGAGGAGGAUAAAGCCCCCUCUACCCCCACACUUUGCCUUCCCCUGUCUUCGCCCUUUUGCCCGAGGGAGAAAGGCUACAGCGUGCUCCUUUUUUUAAAAGGGUUGGGCAAAGCAGAGAGGAUUGAUUCCAAGAGGCAUCCUGAUCCUGCCGAGAUGGAGCUGCCCCAGAACCUGUACGAGACCCCUGCGGACCGGCUGGACAACUUCGUGAGGCACAGCCUUCAGCCCCAGGGGGACUGGAAGGAGGAGGUUCAGGAUGCCUGGCAGAGAAUCGAACGGUUUCUGCGAGAGGAGUGCUUCCGCGAUGAGCUGAUUCUGGACCAAGAAGUCAGGGUGCUGAAGGUGGUGAAGGGCGGCUCCUCAGGGAAGGGGACGACGUUGAACUACAGCUCCGAUGUGGACAUGGUCCUGUUCUUGAGCUGCUUCUCCAGCUUCCAAAACCAGGCCCAGCUCCGAAAAGACGUCAUCACCCUCAUCCAGGAGAAAUUGGAUCACUGUUGUAGGAGUUUGGCCUACCACAUAUCACUGGUCUCGCCCAGAGAGGGGGCCAGGGCCCCUCGCUCCCUGUCCUUGCAGGUCCAGUCCAAGAAGAGCAGUGAAGCCAUUCGGGUGGAUGUGCUCCCAGCUUUCGAUGCUCUGGGACCCUUUUGCCCAGACACUAAACCAUCGCCGGAAAUCUAUGAAGACUUAAUAACCAGUGCUGGCCAACCUGGGGAGUUUUCAUCAAGCUUCACAGAGCUACAGAGGCACUUUGUGAAAAGCUGCCCUACUAAGCUGAAGAGCCUCCUGCGCCUGGUGAAGCACUGGUACCUGCAGUUCUUAAAACCUAAAUAUCGAAAAGUACCAUUGCCUUCAAAAUAUGCGCUGGAGCUACUGACCAUCUACGCCUGGGAAAUGGGUACAGAGAAAAGUGUGAACUUCCACAUGGAUGAAGGGUUUGUGGCUGUGAUGAAACUCCUCAGAGAUCAUGAAGACAUUUGUAUAUACUGGACCAAGUACUAUGAUUUCCAAAAUGAGGUUGUCAGAAACUGUAUCAAACAAAAGUUGAAGGAAUACAGACCUGUCAUCCUGGACCCAGCUGACCCAACCAAUAAUCUGGGAAAGGGGAAGAGGUGGGACUUGGUGGCCAAAGAAGCUGCUUACUGCCUACGGCAGCCCUGCUGCAACACUGAAGACCCCAGCCAGGGCUGGCACAUACAGCGAGCAAGAGAUGUCCAGGUGACAGUGAGAAAGAGUGGGAAGGAGGCCUGGACACUCUCAGUGAACCCCUACAGCCCCAUUUGGAAGAUGAAAAAAGAGAUUAAGAACAUGUGUGCCCUCUAUGGGCACCAGCGUCUCUCCUUCCAGGAGCCGGAUGGGGAGCGGCAACCGCUCAGCAGCCAGAAGACCCUUGCUGAUUAUGGUAUCUUCUCUAAGGUGAGCAUCCGGGUGCUGGAAAUCUUCCCCCCUGAGAUCCAGGUCUUCGUGAAGGAAUCUAGUGGCCAGAACAAGCCUUAUGCCAUCAACCCUGAUGACUCUAUCUGGGACUUGAAAGAGAAGAUUGAGGUAGCUGGAGGCCCUUACAUGAAGGAUCAGAUGAUACUAAAGUUCCAGGGUCGGAACCUGCAUAAUCGUCUCAGCCUCAGAGACCUGCAGAUCAAAGACUGUGACACCAUCACGCUCAUUAGGAGAAGCUGACAAGUGCUUGCAAGUCCCCAGGGGUGGCCAUGACAUGGUUGCCCAUGAUCUAGACUCCUAAUGAUCUUGUCUCCUCAUCCCACCCCUUUCUACCCUGACCAUUGUGAUCUUUUGAAGCAUAAAUAUGAAUGUACCCCUCCCCAGUUUAAAAUCCUUCAAUGGCUCCCCAUUACCUACAGAAUAAAGUUCAAGUUCCU